AUGGACCAGAAUUGGCAGACCAUUUCUCUAGAUCGCAAGGAGACUACUGCUCCUCUCGAAAAGCUCCACGAAUGCCUCCUCAGCCAGAAGGCGUCGCUUUUAGUGCCUCUUCUUGCCGUUCCUGUGAUACCACACAGCCAUGAACAUGUCGAAGGUGUCCCGGGAGAGAAAGUGGAAGACGAGGACGACGAUUUGGAGUAUACGAAACGCCGACUGAAAAAUGGGCUCCUCAAAAUCAUUCUAGCAAGGCAGCUAGAAUCGAACAGCACAAUGAAGUGGACAGCAAGAGUGAUAGUGUUAAAACGAAGUCCCUUUCAGGCUGCUUGCCAUCUGGGACUCAUCAUAUUAUCUCUGGGAACUUGGAAACCAUCGAAGAUACCUUACAGCUCAGCUUAG